AAGAUGUUUAGGUAAUACUAUGAACUCUAAGGUGAUGUGUACCAAAAAACUUAGUCCAAUAUGGACACAGAAAACCAUCAUGCUUGCGAUGGACGGCUCAUGGGUACAAGAAUUCAACCUUCUCAGCACUCGAGAAGCGUUUUUGAAGCCUUAAUAUUUGGAUUUUGAGCUUGCACUCGUGUGCAUCUGACUUUGACUACAUAAAAAAAUUACUCCGAGACAGCUGUGUGUAGACAAACCGAUCAAACCACCUCCUUUUCUCACUUCUGUAGUUUCUUCCCACUGGUUUUCUGGAUUCUAGAAGUUCAAGAUACUACCUUUUUGCUUUGAAAUUCGAUGCCGAUCUGAAGCAUUUAUGGCCAUUAAAGGAGAAGUAGGAUCAAACCAAGAAGAGUGAAUGUUGUUCUUGUUCUUGCAGGAAGAUCAUCAGCUUGAGUUAUAGAGUUCUUGAUGAGGUAAUCAUUAUGGAACUUUUAAGUCCAAAAGCAAGUUCUGUGUCUUCUAGUCCUUUUUGUUCACCCAACGUCAGUGCCCUGCUAAGGAUUAAAAUCAUUUCCUGGUAAGAUGAUGGUUUUUCGCCUUUUCGGGUUCUUUACCUGCUUAUAUUACCUUUGCAAUUUUGUUGAACAAUUCUUGUCAUUUGGAAUAUUGGAUCCUGUUAGGAGCCAAGAGACUGGUUUGCCUGUUUCUCUGCGUGUUCGAAUUGGUGACAGAAUCUUCUGCCUGCAUAAGCACCCUAUGUUUUCAAAAAGUGGAUACUUUCAGAAGAGGUUGACAGAAUCAAAUGAGCUUGAGCUGCCACAGAAUUUCCCUGGAGGACCAGAAACUUUUGAGAUGAUUGUAUUGUUCAUCUAUGGUUCUUCCACAUUGGUCGACCCUUUCAACGUAGCAGCUCUGAGGUGUGCAGCAGAGUUUCUUGAAAUGACAGAAGAAUACUGCACUGGGAACCUCUGUGAUCGUUUCGACCUCUAUCUGAACCAGGUUGUCCUGCAGAGCUGGGAUGACACUCUGAUUGUCCUCCAGAAAUGCCAAGCUUUGCUUCCCUGGUCUGAGGAGCUGCUGAUUGUGAGCAGGUGCAUUGAGUCUCUGGCAUUCAUGGCUUGUAUGGAGAUUCUGGAUCCGGAAAGGCGAAGGGAUCGACCAGUUGUUACCUUGGAGGCAUUGGCUGGGGAAGCUUGGAGCCAUGAAGCAGGGAAGACAAUUGUCAACCAGGAAUUAUGGAUCAAAGAUCUGACUGCUUUACCAUUUGGAUUUUUUAAGAGGAUAAUUGGAUCCUUGAGAAGACAAGGAAUGAAAGAAAAAUUUGUUAGUCCUAUCAUCGUCUUCUAUACAAACAAAUGGAUGCUUUCGCAGAAAACGCACCAAUUCUGGGAGAAAGCCAGUCCAAAAAUGGGAGAAAAUGACACAAACAUAAAAUUUUCAGUCAUCUUGCAAGGUAUUCUUGAUAUUCUGCCAAUGGGAGAGAAGGCUAGUAGGGCCAUUCCUGUUGGGUUUUACUUUGCACUGCUGUCUAGAUCCCUAGAAUUUGGCUUGAGAAGUGACAGCAUGGUGAAAUUGCAAGAUCAGAUUGCAUCCAUGUUACAUUUUGCUCAGGUGGAAGAUUUUCUCCAUCUGCAAAUUGGGACCGAGUCCAUUUUUUCCAGCAAGGAGUUGGCUGCAAUGCGGAGCAUAUUUUCGACUUAUGUAUCAUAUAAAGUGGAAACAAACCAUACUCCUUCAGCAACCAAUUCCACUAUUGCAGAAUUGUGGGACACCUUUCUCAUCCAGGUAGCUUCUGACCUAGAAAUGGGGCCUCAAAGUUUCAUGGAACUCAUUGAAACAGUACCAAUAUCUUAUAGACUGAGCCAUGAUCUACUGUACAGAGCUAUGAAUAGCUUCCUCCAUGCACACAAAGAUAUAUCUCAAGAAGAGAGGGGAAUGGUCUGCAAGUACCUGAACUGCCAACAACUGUCACAAGAAGCAUGUAUAGAAGCAGUUCAAAAUGAACUGAUGCCACUGCGUUUGAUUGUUCAGGCUCUUUUUGUCCAGCAGCUGAACACGCAUCAAGCUUUUAAGGAAUGCUCGGAGUCGUUUAGGUACACAGGACCAUUCUCUGGAAGUGUUCCCAGUUCAAGAUGUCCUAAUACCAAAAGCCUGACUCUAGGAGAAAGCCCCUACACAGAUGGAGCAGAGGAAGGCAGCAGCAAGCCCUUGAGCUUCUUGCUACAGAAUGAACUUGCAAUUGACAAGUGUGAUUUCUCGAGGAAGGAUUAUGAGUCCACCAGCUUCAGAAUUCAGAACCUUGAGAAAGAGCUCAUGUCCUUGAAGAGGACCCUGCAGCUGCACAACAUGUCAAAGAAUUCAGGAUCAGAUUCAAACAAAACAAAGAGCAGUAAAACACAUGGCUUGGGAAGGCGAUCAGUAAGCAAGAGGGGGAACCCUUUUGGACAAGUAACGGGAUGCAUUGGUUCUGUCAAUUUUGCUUCUCAAAGAAGAUAUGCCAGCAGACUACUGAAGGUUAUCUGUAGAUUUGCCUUGUUUGGCACUAGGAAAUCUAAGAGAAACCAAGGAACCUCAGGAUUUUGGGCUAAAUCAAUCUAGCAGACCAUGAUCAAUGUAUGUAUGAAAAUAAUUUCAGAAACAAAAUAAUGAGAAACCCAUUUU